CAGCAGCGGCCCGGAAGUGUUCGUACGCCAGUUGACGGAGGUAGCGUUAGCUGUCUGCUGGGUUCAGUCAUUGUACGAAGAUGGAGGUGACACGGAAAAAUUUUAAAAGCUCUUUGAAGGAGGUGUACAGCGCGAUUGAGGAGGCUGACUUUCUCGCUAUCGAUGGAGAAUUUUCAGGGAUAAGCGAUGGUCCUAAUGUCAGUGCACUAACCAACGGACUGGACACGCCAGAGGAACGAUACACGAAGCUGAAAAAGCACUCCAUGGACUUUCUGCUGUUCCAGUUUGGAAUUUGUACAUUCACAUACGACCAGGCAAAAUCAAAGUAUAUCAUAAAGCCUUUUAAUUUUUAUGUGUUCCCGAAACCAUUCAACAGGAUGUCUCCUGACAUAAAGUUCCUUUGUCAGAGUUCUAGUAUCGACUUUUUAGCCGGUCAAGGAUUUGACUUCAACAAAGUGUUCUGUCAUGGAAUCCCAUAUCUUAAUCAAGAUCAGGAGGUACAGCUAAGGGAGCAGAUGGAGGAGAAGAGGAAUCAACAUGCUAAUGGUAUGGGUACACCAUCCUACAUCUCCCCUUCAUCCUCCAAAGGCCCUGCACAUGUACCUGAUGAACAUAAAGACUUCAUCAACAGGGUGGUGGAGAAAGUCGAGGGGCUUUUCACCAACUCGGAGAAAACUGUGGACUUGGAUCCAUGCACCGGGUUUCAGAGGAAGCUAAUCUACCAGACCCUGAACUGGAAAUUUCCCAAAGGGCUUCAUGUGGAUACGAUAGAAACAGAAAAGAAGGAGCGAUACAUCCAGGUCAGCAAAGUUGAUGAUGAGGAGAGAAAGAAGAUGGAACAGCAGAAACAGGAGAGGGAGCAGGAGGAGCUAAAUGAUGCUGUUGGCUUUUCGAGGGUCAUCCAUGCCAUCUCCAAAUCUGGUAAACUUGUGGUUGGCCACAACAUGCUGUUGGAUGUGAUGCAUACCAUUCACCAGUUCUACUGUCCUCUUCCAGAGGAUCUUCAAGACUUCAAAGAGGUCACAAUGUGUGUCUUCCCAAGACUUUUGGACACUAAGUUGAUGGGUUCCACUCAGCCAUUUAAGGAGCAUAUCAAUAACACAUCUCUAGCAGAACUGGAGAAACAGUUGAACGGUUGCCCCUUCAAGGCACCACAAGUCGAAACGGCAGAGGGCUUCCCCAGGUAUGACACAGCCCAGGAGCAGCUCCAUGAGGCAGGUUACGAUGCCUAUAUCACUGGCCUCUGUUUCAUCUCGAUGGCCAACUACCUGGGCUCAUUCUUGACUCCGCCGAAGUCUUACAUCUCCGCUCGAUCUAAACUCAUUGAGCCUUUCUUCAACAAGCUUUUCCUGAUGAGGAUAAUAGAUAUUCCCUACCUCAACAUUACUGGACCAGAUUUGCAACCCAAAAGAGACCAUGUCCUGCAUGUUGCCUUCCCAAAAGAAUGGAAGACAAGUGACCUCUACCAGCUUUUUAGUGCCUUUGGAAAUAUCCAGGUUUCAUGGAUAGACGACACAUCUGCAUUUGUGUCACUGAGUCAAACAGACCAGGUCCAGAUAGCUAUGAACACCAGUCGCUAUGCAGAGAGUUACAGGAUCCAAACGUAUGCAGAGUACAUCCAGGGCAAGCAGCAGCAGGACGAGAAGAAGCUCGGACAAACCAACAAAACUUGGGGCGAAGACGGCUGGGUGAAACCUCACUACACCUCCACUGCAGGCAGUUUUGGAUAUUGCAGGGGUUUGAGGAAACGCAGCAUCAGUCCAGGUCACGGAGAGCAGGGGAGUGGAGAACUGCCAAUUGCAGAUGGCUGGAGUCACUACACGUACCUGGAUAGCACAGGCAGCAAGAAAAUGAAAACUGAUGAUGCAAGUGGACUGGCAAAUGCUGAAGCUGUUGAGAGCAAGACAUCGGAGGGAUGGCUGAAGACAACAGAUGUAUCAGAUUCAGCAAGUUUAAGCCCAGUCCCUGAUGAGGAGGAAAGUCCUGAUGAAACAGAUCCAGUCAACAACGCAGAGGGAACAGUCACCUGGCAACGAGCGUCGACGGGCCGAGCAAAGAAGAGUCAAAAAAGUGAGAAAAAGAAGUCUGAAGCAACCGACUCGGCAGCAUCACUGUUCGAAGUCCCAGAAGUCUGGUAGCGAGAGGUGAGGAGCAGAGAGGCCACUGUCAAACACUGGACUCCUGCUCAGAGUCUCUUCCUAAGCACUUGGUGCACUCUCCUGAAAAGGUCGUACAUUACUGGCAGCGGUGCAUGCCCUAAAUCCAUUCAUUCUCUCAAAAGCUCCGGAUACUGUGUCCAGAGCUACCAGCUAAGCUAUUUUUGACUGGACUAUUUUAAGAGAAAACACAAGCCAUAAUAAUGACAGCUGCCAUAUUUUGAUCGCACACCUGAGGAGCGGGCGAACGCUCAACAACGCAAAUAUAUCUUAAUAUCUACAGAUAUCAUUUUUCUUCAUGUGUUCAGACUGCCACAACAGCCGUGCUGUCACCUUCAUGAUUCAGUUUUAAAGACGCAUCACCUCUGGUCAGUCUAGUAUUUUGGAAGCGCGACGCGCGUGUCUGUGCAUCUGAGAUGUACUGUCACUUGUCUUUGUUUCCCCGUUUCAUAACCUGUGAACAAUAAAAUGCCACCUGACGGGGUCCUGUAGUCUACAAUGUCAGGGUUGUUUAAUAUUUUAAUGGAGUCGGAUAGUUUCCCCAUUUUUAAAGUGUAUGUUCUGUCAACUCCCUCAGUUUUAACGAGACAUAAAUUAGCUCAUCAAUGAUAAUGUGAUAUUAAUUGUUGGUGGCAUUUUGACCCUUUCAUGAGGUGCUUAUGUUUUUCUUUUGUACAGAUUUCUUUCUUUACCUAUUUUGUGUUAAAUGUUUUGUAACUGUGUCAACAAACGUCUCUUGUAAGUAUAUUCUAAUGCAAAAGGUGUAAACGUGUAAAAGAGACGUAUACAUUUUGUAUAAGAACAAUUUAAAAAUCCUUAAAUAUUUCCUUGGAAAAGGGGGGAAAAAUUAAAGAAUGUUUCUUAGUA